AGACACGGCAUUCGAGCAGACACGGUCAGCAGCGAGUCUUGCUGGGGCUGCUCAGACAGUCCGCCAAUCAGCUGGUCUGCGAGCAGAGAGAAGUACCCGCAGCCGUUUGUCUGACAGCUCUGCAGCAGCGGCUCCGGUUUCGCAAUCGACUUAGGGAGGAGUUAUUUUGCUGCCCCGCUGCACCCUGUCUAAAGUUCCGGCGCCUCCCCUCCAGCUGUUCGCCCCGUACCGUCCGCGGGUAGACCCACCCGCAAUGCAGCCGUGUCCGUCGAGGAUCGGGUUGCCUACCUGCCCGGCGGCUGCCCCCAACAUCAACAAGCCACCGGUUGUGGCACGGCCGCAUCUCCGCGCUUAUUUUAAAGCCGCUCAGUGACUGGAGCGACAUUAGUUGAAAGAUUAUUUCUCGUGAUUGAAGCAUUAAAGAUAUUUCUCUGUGUUGCGAUGCGGAGCAAUUGGCAGCCUUGCGCCAAAACCGCGCCGUGAAUUCUGUCAAAUGGUGAACUUAACCUAUUGCAUUGCAGACAACAUUUUAUAUUGAGGCCACAAGAAGAGUAUAUCCUUUUGUUCGGCAACAAUGUCAACAGCUAGUACCUCUGAAAUUCAGUUAGACAUACUGAGCCGAUUCCCGUUGUUAGUGCCCAGAAAUGCAAAUUUUUCGUAUUAUGAAGGGUUUUUGGAAGUUAAGGGUUUCUCAUUUCACAUAUCAUUUCACGUUCCUAAUUACCCAAGUUCUAAAGAGUUAUCAUUUAAUUGUGAUUGGGAUUUAUCAGAGCUGUUGCAGAAACAUAAAAACACUGUUGUUCGAUGGAGCAGCAGUGGACUAUUUUUCAACAAGUUUCUUGAUAAGCUGCAUUCAAUGAUUAUUGACUGUCUGGAUAGAGGGGAAGGUUCACACCUUACCCUGGGAAGAGAAACCAUCUCCAAUGAUGGACAAUUAUUGGACCAUUUGAAUCAUUACACCUCCAUACUUACUGAACUGAAUGAGCUGGGAACAGAUAAUCUAGUUUCCAUUGGUAGUGACUUUAGAACUGUGUCACUUAGUACAUAUGAUUGUAAUGGAGAAGUGCACCUGUUGAACAUAAAAUUUAAUAAUGAUCAAACUCAUGAUACUACAGUAGGAAACAGUUUUGAAGUUGUAGAUACAGAUAUGCCAGAGGCUGUUAUCAAAAUUAUUCAAAAGGAAAACAGCAUUUCUAGAGCAUUUAGAGUGUUCUGUGACCAAAUAAAAAUACUCAAUAGAAUUUGGAGCUCUUUGUCCCUUUUUGAUCAGCAAUGUUGGGUGAUAGACCCAACACAUCCGAGGAAAGCAGACAUGUAUAGACGAAUAUUUAUUUCUCCACCUAGUGUUAUGGCACAGUUGUCAUGGGAUCCGAUGAAGCCUGGUGAACCUCCAGACAUCAAAUUUCAAGGAGCCGAUGCAGAAAUAGAUAAAUUUAGGUGCAUUCAUGAAGAACAUUUAGGGGAAUGGGAUGAAGAAUGCAGUAUAUUGGAAAAUCUUUGCUCAGUAUUACAGUUGCCUAGCUUACCCCAGCCACCACCACCUGAAACGAGCAAGGUAUCUCAGACUGUUGAGACAGGAGAAUGUAGCAUUUGCUAUACUGUUCAAGAUGAGGAAGGAAAGUUGCCUGUAGAAUCGUGUGGAAAAUGUUUAUCAAAUUUCCAUGCUGCUUGUUUGUAUGAGUGGCUUGAGGGUUUGCCUGACAGUAGACUAGUUCAUGGGCAUGUUAGUGGCCCUUGUCCGAACUGUGAAUCAGCAAUUAAGUGUCCUUGUCCACAUGCUUAAAAAUAUAUAAGGAUCAAAUCACUUACUAUUGUCCUGGCAAUAAAAUACAAAUUGAUUUACAGAUCAUACGUUUUAAUGGCUACAUGAAAAAUCAUAUUUACUGUUUAAAAUAUGUGAAUUUGCUUGGGGUCUGCAUUACAGUUUUUGACAAACAUAUCCAUGUCUUGACAGAACUGGGUAUUUCCACAAAUAAAAAUCAUUGUCUCCCGAA